AUGUUGGACAGCCAAGCGCAUAGACCAGAAGAAAUCUCGCCAAUACCACCACCAAAAAUAAAUCUUCCAAAGUUCUACGUCAACGAAGAAGUUUCCCGAAUUUUGGGCAGCAUACCGAACCCUCUGUCAGUCAUCGCAAAAAUUCUUCGAAUGCAGCCUAUCAUACAGAAAAGAAAAGAACAACAGAAUACAAAUGCCAGAGACGAAAGAGGCGUGAUCUGUGAAAAGAGCGUUGAAAAACGCCUGUGCUGGAAGUGCUACUCGAGUGAGCAUUCCAGCAGAGAAUGCACGAGGGAGAACUGUAUGCUAUGCGGCAAACUCCACCACAUCAGACUGUGCUUUUCAACAGAAAAUGCAGGUGAUGCAAACUCCAAUAUUCGUCAAACUCAUAUCAAUCUAAACAGAAGUCCAAAGCGCGACCAGUUGCUCAACGAACAGAAGCAGCAGCCGAAGACAAGAACUCUCAUCAAAAUGGGAACACUAAUUAAAAUCGAAGGCUAA